ACAUUGGAGUCGGCCAUUUCAACUCCACAGGCGACUACCGACUAGUAGCGGGACUGACAACAUCUGAAGAUGACUGAACAAGCUAUUUCCUUCGCCAAGGACUUCCUGGCUGGUGGUAUUGCCGCUGCCAUCUCCAAAACAGCUGUAGCCCCCAUCGAGAGAGUCAAGCUCCUUCUCCAGGUACAACAUGCCAGCAAACAGAUUACAGUUGACAAGCAGUACAAGGGCAUCAUCGACUGCGUCAUCCGUAUCCCAAAAGAGCAGGGCUUCAUCUCGUACUGGAGAGGGAAUCUGGCCAACGUCAUCCGAUAUUUCCCCACUCAGGCCCUCAAUUUUGCUUUCAAGGACAAGUACAAGAAAGUUUUCCUCGACGGUGUGGACAAGCGCACACAGUUCUGGAGAUACUUUGCGGGUAACCUGGCGUCUGGCGGCGCUGCCGGAGCCACGUCGCUCUGUUUCGUCUACCCCCUCGACUUCGCCAGAACACGUCUGGCUGCUGAUGUCGGCAAAUCCGGGCAGGCGCGUGAGUUCAAAGGCCUGGGAGACUGCUUGGUGAAGAUCUUCAAGUCUGAUGGCCUCAAGGGUCUGUACCAGGGCUUCAAUGUUUCAGUACAGGGCAUUAUUAUCUACAGAGCUGCUUACUUUGGGGUCUAUGACACAGCAAAAGGCAUGCUUCCAGACCCCAAGAACACACACAUUUUUGUUAGCUGGAUGAUCGCUCAGUCUGUGACUGCGGUCGCUGGUCUUGUGUCGUACCCCUUUGACACUGUCCGUCGUCGUAUGAUGAUGCAGUCUGGGCGCAAAGGAGCUGACAUCAUGUACACUGGCACCAUUGACUGCUGGAAGAAGAUUUUACGUGAUGAGGGCUCCAAGGCCUUCUUCAAGGGAGCGUUAUCUAAUGUGCUCAGAGGCAUGGGUGGCGCCUUCGUGCUUGUCUUGUAUGAUGAACUUAAAAAAGUCAUCUAAGUUUUUGUAUGUCCACUAUUCAUGUUGUGAAGUUUAACUGUAACAUAUGUUGUACAUUUGGAAGGACUUAAAUGCUGCGCUAUAUUUAUAGGGACCAACUAGUAUUUUCUACUAGUUGUACUGGGGGAAUCUGUUAUGCACUCUUCUCUUGGCCCAUGCUUUUUUGUUUUGCCCCUCAGCAGAAUGUCAUUCCCUGAACCCAGGAACCUUACCGAAAGAGAAAUAAACGCAACCUAUUGAGUC